CCUCGAGCCACGCCAUUUCGCGCAGCCAGCCAGCUAGGCUAGCCUGGCUCCCGCUCGGUUUCGGCAUCGCGUAUCCUGGUCGGUCGUCAGCGUUCAGCCCGCUUGCAGAGCCGUCGGACGGACCGGUUUCAAACACCACGUGCUUGGGAGAGCAUGAGGUCAUUCGCGGCGCGAGCCACGAAGCUCGCCCUGCUCCUCGCCGGCGCAGCGCAAGCGUUGAGGCCGUCCACACCACAAAUACGCACGAAAACCACCUUAAGAGCUUUCACGAAUCCCUUCGCGCAGCGGCCCGACGAGCUCCAGGAGCUAGAACCCUACGAGACCGCGCCGUUGUUCGGAGAAUGCCGACGGAAGUUGGCGGCCUGCAUCAUUGUGGGCUUUGAAGACUUUGGCGGCGUCGCCACGAACGCGCAAGCGGAAGUGGAAGUCGCGGCGGCCGACGUGCGCCUCCGAGCACUGGUCAAAAAACUUUUCGAGGCGGGCAUCACGCAGCCCUCCCCGAAAGCGGCCUACGGCCUCGCUCGGUUAGCUACCUGGACCGGCGGCGGGCUGGACUCAAGUAAAUGGGUGCGCGAGCCCGAGGCGCUGGAGAUCACUACGGACGAUGCUGAUGAAGCCGUCGCGUCGCUAGGAACCCAUUUAUUGGAGACCUACGACGCCAUUGCGCCGUUGCGAAAUGCUUUGUUGUUAGACGCGUCGCAGGACCCGCAGCGGACCAAUAGGAUUGCCCUAAGGUUCGUGCGGGCCUAUGCCCAAACGGGCGGCGGCGAGACCUCCGUGCGCAAGGCGGUUCAGACCUUCGUUCCCUCUUUAACGAAGAAGGCGUCUGCUUUAUUCUGUGAUGAAAAAGGAUCACCUUUAGCAGCAUUAAGGCGAGCCCAAGCUUCCGCCGCGGGCGCGCCCGAUUGGGCUGGAGACGCCAUCGCCGACUCGGUCUUCGGCCAACGGCUAAAUGAGCCAGACGUAGAGACCUUCCUCGACAAAGAUGCGUUAACGUGGCUCGCGACGCACGCCGAGACGCUCGACGAGCCGUCACAAGUACAGAUCGCCCUGGACUACUUCUGCGAGCGCUAUCGGUCAGAUGAAUCCUUCACUUGUGCCGGAAGGACGCCCAAGACCGUGCAACAACAAAUGGACGCCUUUGCUGAAUCCACGACCGUUUUCGACGACGACGAGGCCUUCCUGCCGAAUCCUGAAGGAUUAAGGCCCAUGAUCCUGGAAGGUGUUGUCAUACCACCUCGUAAUGUGACCGUGCCCUACGAUGAAGAUGGGGGCUGGUACGAGGGCCACGGCCCGUAUGAACUUGGGGUAGGUACUGCUAGAGGAGGCAAACCAAAAACGAUUCGUGUCGAGGAGAUCCUCUCGCUCAAGAGGCUGAUCAUGGAGGGCAACAAGCUGGACAACUGUCUGGAGGACCGGAGGAGUUCGCAGGUCAAAUAUGUACUAAGAGCGCGGCAGCGGACGAGUUCGUUCUGGUCGUUUACGAUCGCGGAUCCGGACGGUUCUAAUUUAAAACACGUGCUGUUGCUGGAGGUCUGGCAUUUACGAAGGGGCAACGUCGUCCGCCAGGCGGAGGGGCCGCGGCCGCGGACGCUGCCUUCCCCGGAAGCGUGGCACUGGAUGGAGCACUGGUGCGACCGGGAGGGCGUCGACUGGCGCACGUGGGACGUCUACUCGCGGCUCGAGAACAUUUAUCCCGUGGAGCCGCUCUGAUUAGGAACAUAAGUAUAUUUAGUGUCU